CAUGCUAAGAAAGUCGUUGACUUGGCUCAUGCUCGUCAACGUCUGAAGCACUGCGUUCUAUGUUUAGUGUGCAUUUCAGCAGCUCUGCUUGACGAAGGUCUACUUUUGGACGUUAAAGCGCGUGUAGUUCUGGGAAAGGAGUUGCGAAAUUACGAAUCUCAAGCAAUCGUUGUAGAGGAAAAUGGAUUAGAACUAGCUAGGAUAUCCCGCAUCGGUGAUUACAUUUCUCGACGUCUCAAUAUCAAAGUCGAUUCUGAAUCAUUCGUACACAUGGUGUACGUGGAAACGGACAUAGAUCGAGUACUGGCUCGGUUAAUUGACGGCCUAUGUGAAGGCAAAGAUGUGCCCAAAAGUCUUAGGGAUUACGUUCGUGCAGAAGAUUUGGUGUAA